GAGAUUUAUAUGAAACUGAAGCUCCAACUGCUGAUGGAGUUUCAGUUCCUCGCGUCCAAUAGAGAAGAAGAAGAAGAGUCAUAAAGAACUUAGCCACCUGCAAUGGCGUGUAGACGUGCUGUCUCUACCACGGCGACCCUUGCCACGAGACGCUUCCACCCUUCAUUGGGUCAUGUUCACGUUCUUCAUGAUGACAAUGAGGAUACUAAAUCUCAUUCACCGAGUUCAAGCACUCGACCCAACAUAAAGAGUAUUUUGCCUAGUGGAUCUUACAGCUCGAUAGUUGGAUUUAGUUUUGGUUCCCAUAGUAGACGGAGGACAGGCUCAUCAUUGGCUUGGAAAAUGGGCCUUAGUUCCUUUAAUUUUAGGCAUAUGUCAACGUCAAUCGGCGAUGGCUCUGAUAAAAUGGAUGACAUUGGAUUUGUUGGGGAGGUUAUUACAGAUAAGAUUGGUGAUGGAUCUGAUAAGAUGGAUGCCAUUGGAUAUGUUGCAGAGGUUAUAACAGAUAAGACGGUGGAGGUAGUAACCUCCCAUGGAGCUGAAGUGGCUGUAGCAGCAGCAGAUUCUUUCUUCCCUGUUGCUGGCCUACAAUAUGCGAUCUAUUACAUUCAUAGUUUUACCGGAUUGAAUUGGUGGGCAGCAAUAGCUUUAACAACUGUUUUAAUUCGAGUGGCUACAAUUCCUCUUCUUAUUGGUCAACUCAGGGCUACUGCAAAGCUCAAUCUGAUGAGGCCUCGAUUAGAGCAGUUAAAACAGGAGAUGCAAAAUAUGGAACAAGAUCCUGAGGUUUUAAGAGAAGGUCAGAAACGAAUGAUGGCAUUGUUCAAUGAGUACGGAGUCACUCCAUUUUCUCAAUUGAAAGGAUUAUUCAUACAAGGUCCUAUCUUCAUCAGCUUCUUCCUAGCUAUUAGAAACAUGGCUGAGAAAGUUCCAUCUUUUCAAAAUGGUGGAGCUCUCUGGUUUACGGAUCUCACAACUCCAGAUAGCUUGGUGAUCCUUCCAAUUCUGACAGCAAUGACAUUCUGGAUAACAGUCGAGUGCAACAUGCAGGAAGGUAUGGAAGGAAAUCCUGUUGCCCAAACUAUGAAAACCUAUUCUAGAAUACUAGCUGUCAUUGCAAUUCCAGUUAUGAUGAGCUUCCCAAAGGCACUGUUCUGUUAUUGGCUCACCUCCAACAUCUUCUCCCUUACAUAUGGAUUGGCAAUUAGGAGUCCAAAGGUGAAAAGUUUACUCAAUCUUCCUCAAUUUUCUGAGCCACCUCCUACUGCAUCGCAGCCUCCAUUUUCUUUGUUUGAAGCAGUUACAAAAGACACUACCAUUGAAUCCGAACCUUCAUUACACACAGAGAAAUCAGAGGUUUCUGACAGAAGCAUAUCGUCGUCUUCCAUUCUCAAGCAGAGACUCAAAAGUCUGGAAAAGCAUGUCAAGGGGAAAAAGAAAGAAAAUUAGACAAAGAUCUACCUGAACCCAUCUCCCGUCUGAGAGAACAACUUUAUAGGUAGUAAAUUAUGAUCUGUUUCUAUCUGUAUUGACAUCAAACUUGGUUUUCUGUACCUCUU